GUCGAAUUCGUCCCGCUCCCGACGCAAAUUCAUUGUGAGUUGGAACCAAAUUUCGCUUUCGUUCUCGUGAUCGUCUUUCGUUUAGAGCUAAACAAAAGUAAAGACCAUUAAAAAACAGGAAGCAAAGACUGACCAACACUAAAGAACAAGAUGCGCGAAACCGAUAUGCAGUAUUCUUGGAGGUUUGCAAGUAGGCCCGACGGUAAACCUACUCUUGCUGACGGGCGAGGGCAUGAUACUUAGAAAGAUGGUCCCUCUGCUUGUCAUGUGUUGAAUCUAGCAUUACAGCCGCAUAAUUAAUAAGUAAUUUGAUAUUACGGAACCGCCCGAAGGGGUUGUUAGGGUACAGGACGACAAAAAAAAUGUUGUCCGCAAAGAAAGAAGCAGAAGACGAAGCGGUGGUCCCUGCGGAAUUUGAAUGUCCAAUUUUGCACGAACUGAUGACCGAUCCAGUUUUUACAAGCGAUGGACACACGUACGAGCGCACCGCUAUCUCGCGCUGGCUCGACGGAGGACACGACACGUCGCCGCUUACCGGCAAGUUGUUGCCAAGCACGGUUCUGGUUCCAAAUCAUGCUUUGAGGAAAGCCAUCGCCAACUAUCGGGCUCUGCGAGCAUCGACGAAGCGGAAAGCCGAGCAGGACAUGCAGAAAGUUCUUGACUCCUACAAGGAAGCCACGUCUGUGCUUUCGCUCAAAGUGCGAAAGAUUGAAGUGGAGGCCGAGGAGUCUCGACGUCAGCGCGUGCUAGUUGAUGUGGAAGAGGACGAAGAGGAAGUAGAGAUAAAAACAGGAACAGCGCUUCUGGGCUCGAAGUUGGAUUGCGAACGCUAUCAAUACAUUUUGGACCGGCAGGAGGCCAUCGUCGCAUCCGGCGGAAGACAUUCGGACAAUCACGCGUCGUGGAGCGAUUUCCUGCUUCUGAUCUCGCGACUGUUGAAAACAAGAACAAGUGUGCUGGGAAGAGAGUCUGCAUAUUUGUCCGCUGUGAACCAAACGGCGCAGCGCGAGUGCAGUAUUAGUCCCGCGCUGCUGCGAGUCUUUUGGAACGAUCGCACUGCUUUGGCGGACAGCGGACUGUUCUGUCGGUUUUGGAAGGAGCAAAAACGGUUUGACUGGGAAAGCGCUACAGCCAUCGUGGAAGUGGCGGACCGGAGAAAGUUUGAAGAGAAAUGCGCGGUCGCGUCGAUGAAGAUGUGCAAAGUCGCUUUGAUGCUGUUGGAGUCGCCGACGACAGGGAAAAGCAAUAAGCGGAAACAAGAAUCUGCCUCUGCCUCCUGCACGUCCACGUCGUACAGUAUUACCUUGCCUGCAUCAUCUUCUUCUUCUUCUUCUUCAGGAGCAGUACCGGAAGGGAUUGCGAAGCGGUUCGUUAACGCGGUAGAUUCCUUCGGUGACUUCCCCUACGAGGUAAAGAGGUUGUUAGCACCUACUACGAAUGCUGAGCACGGCCACAAUAAAGCUCAUUCGACUGACGCGGCGUUGGAAGCAUGCCGUCUUGUGCUUUUUGGGAUAUACGCUGACCUCGCUUCGUAUUGUGCUUCCAGCAAGGAGAUUCACCGAUACUGGCUCGAGCAACGGCUACGCGACGAUACGACCUUGAGCAAGUACGAGAUAUCCAUGAGCUUACGAAAACUGCAGUCGGAGGGAAAAAUUGUCAUCGCCGAUGACGCAGUUUAUCUGAAGAGCACGGUCGCAGCCUACAGUGUCUACUAGGCGAUGUCGCUUUAUUUGCUGAAAUGUUGACUGCAAAGAUAAUUAAAAAGGCGAGCAGGAUACCAGAACCGGACAGAGCCAAGUGAAAGUGUCGCAGGACCACAUCUACAUUAGGGAAAAAAAUUGCAGUUCUGAUGAAGUGCUGUGCCUGUUAUAGGUAUAAUCCUGUUGCUCAAUCAUUUGAAAAAAAUCAAAUGACAGUUGUCCUUGGAGCAU